UUAGGAAGAAAGGGGAUUAUUCAGUGAACAUAUUAUGUUAGUUUGACCAAUAAAAAAAAUUACCCCUUAUGUAUUUUGCUUCUGGUUACUUGUGAAAGAACUCGAACUCUACGUAUAAUCACACACUAUGGCCUUGAUCAAAUUAGACAACUUUGUUCAUUAUUGAGUGCAUCUGUUUCAUGUAUAGUGGCACGGGAUGAAGUCGCAUGGGUUAAGACGAUACUUUAGAAUUCUACUGAGAUUCUGAAAUAUCUGCAACUUAAUAGGCAUGAUAUGAAGGCAUUAAAUUGAUUAUAUUAGCACUUAACAUGUGAUUUUUUCCCCCUUCAUUGCCUUCUUUAAAUGAAACACUUCCAUUGCUGUAUUCCUUACACUGGAUAAGAGUACACGUCUGAUAUUUAGGAGGUUGGCUAGUUAAUUUCCUGGAUUUAAGAGAUGUAUUCAGCUUUCUUAGAACCACGCUAAAAUCAAUUAUGUGGAAUUAAAAUGCCUGAAGAAGCACACUUCCUGCAUCUUUAUCAUUUUUCACCAUUUUUGUAAAUUGUUUUUAAGGUCUUUCUAAAAUGUGUUUUUGAACUAAUGUUGUAGUAAUGUGUUUUUGAACUAAUUAGAUUGUAUCCUAUGUAACAUUUUUGUGAGUCUAAUACAGCAAAUGUCAUACUGUAUACUUUUUUUUAAUAAUAUUCAGAAUAGUACUGUUGUAGCAUAUAUGACUUGCAAUGUAACUGCUAAUAUAAAAAGAAAUCGGCUUAUAUAGGAUACAAUCUAAUGAAAAUUUUUAUUAAUGGCAACAAGAGGAUUGAUUUUUACAUUUUAUUAAUCACAAUAUUUAUAUGUAGUUAUUAAUAGUGUUAUUCAAUUUUUUUCUUUCUCCAGACCAUAUAAUAAAUGGCGGAAAACAGAGAUUGGAUGUAUAAUGCUCCUAGAGUGAGUGUGGAGUUCAUUAAUAAUGUCAAUGACUUUCUUGAGAGAGCAUUUGCUAAUGGAGCAGUAGGGGAUGAAAUAUGUUGCCAAUGUCGCAUUUGCUGUAAUCGUUUUUGGUAUAGUCGUGAUGUUGUUUAUGAUCACCUUAUUGUCAAAGGAUUUGUGGAGAAUUAUUAUGAUUGGUUCUUUCACGGAGAGGGUGUGUCAUCAAGGAUGGAUGUUGAUGACAAUAAUGAAGAAGCUGAUGAUGUUGCUGAUGAUGCUCAAGACAAUCUGGAUGGGUUAUUGCAUGAUGUAUUUAGAGAUGUAGCAGAAGAGUCUCCAGUGAACCAAGAAGAUGGCUUAAGUGACGAUGAAGAAAGGUUAACAAAGGAGGCAAAGAAAUUUUAUAAGUUAGUUGAUGAAGGAAUUGUCAUUUGAAUGAAAAGCAAAAGGGCUUGUUUGAUGGAGACCCUUAGCAAUCUGUAGCCAUCUAUUUUACUCAAAUGGAAGGUUUUGAUGCAGAAAGUGAAGAUGCUAGGUGCCGAAGAGCUCUCAAUUGGUGACCUUGAGAUUUGACCUGUGAAUGCAUCAUGGAACCCCCUGACUCUCUGCUGACGAUGCUUUCAGGUCUAUUUCUGUAGUCUCGCUGUCGCUGUCCUAGUGAGUAUUUGACAUUGAGGAACAAGUUUUUAGAAACAAAUAGAGAAUAUAGUUUUUGACCGAGAAGUUUCAUGUUUUGUAAUCAAAUGUUGAUGUACAUUGUUUGAAUGUUAGUUCGGUACGAUAUUUUUUGAGUUGAAAUGUUGGUAGUGUGGAUUUAAUACUUUGUAGUUUUUAUACUAUACUGAUGUAUGUUGGCACUUAUCAUUAUGGUUGAUUAUGCUCAA